AUGGCCUAUUGGUACCGUGCACUUGAGAUGGAAUUUUCCUGGGCAAGCGGCCAGGAAUCCCCGCGCCUGCUGCUCCCCUGGCUGCUCCUCUCCGCGCUCUGGGCGGCCGGGCGCGGGCAGCUGCGCUACGCGGUCCCCGAGGAGGCCCAGCACGGCACGUUCGUGGGCCGCCUCGCGCAGGACCUGGGGCUGGAGCUGGCGGAGCUGGUGCCGCGCCUGUUCCGGGUGGCGUCCAAGGAGCGCGGGGAGCUGCUGGAGGUGAACGUGCAGAAUGGCAUUUUGUUUGUGAACGCGCGGGUGGACCGGGAGGAGCUGUGCGGGCGGAGCGCGGAGUGCAGCCUCCACCUGGAGGUGAUCGUGGACAGGCCGCUGCGGGUGUUCCACGUGGAGGUGGAGGUGGAGGACAUCAACGACAACCCGCCAGUCUUCUCUCGACCAGAACAAACGUUAUUUAUUUUAGAGUCAAGAGUGCCCGAGUCGCGGUUUCCAGUAGAGGGCGCAUCUGACUUGGAUGUGGGAGCAAACGCAGACUUGAGAUACAAGCUCAGUCCUACGGAGUAUUUUGACUUGGAUGUUAAAAGGAACGACGAAGAAACAAACCUUUUAGAGUUAGUUUUGAAGAAAUCGUUAGACAGAGAAGAAAUUCAAGAACAUCGUCUGUUACUGGUUGCAAUUGAUGGAGGAAAGCCUGAGUUAACAGGUACAGUUCAACUCCUGAUCAAUGUAUUGGAUGCAAAUGAUAAUGCCCCGCUAUUUGAGAAGCCCACCUAUAAUGUCAGAUUGUUGGAAAAUACACCAAGAGAGACCUUAGUCAUUAAACUGAAUGCAUCAGAUGCAGAUGAGGGCAUUAAUAAAGAAAUAGUGUAUUCAUUCAGUAAUCUUGUUCUGGAUGAGGUGAAAUCUAAAUUUAUCAUCAAUUCCACUAGUGGUGAAAUAAAGGUUAAGGGAGAACUGGAUUAUGAAGACCGCAAGUUAUACGAAAUUUAUAUUGAUGCUGCAGAUAGAAGUCCAUUCCCAUUAACUGGACAUUGCAAAGUAAUAGUGAAACUUGUGGAUGUGAAUGAUAAUGCCCCCGCCAUGGCCAUAACUUCGCUUUUUUCGCCUGUGCAAGAGGAUGCGCCCGUGGGCACCGUGAUCGCCCUGGUGAGCGUGUCCGACCGCGACGCCGGGGCCAACGGGCAGGUGAGCUGCUCGCUGCCGCCACACCUGCCCUUCAAGCUGGCGUCCACCUUCAGGAACUACUACUCCCUGGUGCUGGACAGCGCCCUGGACCGCGAGGCCACCGCGGGCUACCAGGUGGUGGUGACGGCGCGGGACGGGGGCUCGCCCCCGCGGUGGGCCACGGCCAGCGUGUGGGUGGAGGUGGCCGACGUGAACGACAACGCGCCCGUGUUCGCGCAGGCCGAGUACACGGUGUCGGUGCGCGAGAACAACGCGCCCGGCGCGCACAUCUGCACGGUGAGCGCGCGGGACGCGGACGCGCAGGAGAACGCGCGCGUGUCCUACGCGCUGGUGGAGCGGCGCGUGGGCGAGCGCGCGCUGUCGAGCCUCGUGUCGGUGCACGCGCAGAGCGGCCGCGUGCACGCGCUGCAGCCGCUGGACCACGAGGAGCUGGCGCUGCUGCAGUUCCAGGUGAGCGCGCGCGACGCCGGCGCGCCUGCGCGGGGCAGCAACGCCAGCCUGCAGCUGUUCGUGCUGGACGAGAACGACAACGCGCCGGCGCUGCUGGGGCCGGCCGGGGGCGGGGCGCGGAGCCACGCGCUGGCGCGCUCGGCGGGCGCGGGCCACGUGCUGACCAAGGUGCGCGCGCUGGACGCGGACUCGGGCUACAACGCGUGGCUGGCGUACGAGCUGCAGCCGGCGGCGGCCGGGGCGCGCAGCCCGUUCCGCGUGGGGCUGUACACGGGCGAGAUCAGCACCACGCGCGCCCUGGACGAGGCGGACGCGCCGAGGCAGCGCCUGGUGGUGCUGGUGCGGGACCACGGCGAGCCCGCGCUCACGGCCACGGCCACGCUGCUGGUGUCGCUGGUGGACGGCGCUCCGUCGCCGAAGCUGUCUGCGCGCGCGUCGGCGGGCCGCGUGGGCGCGGAGGCGUCGCCGCUGGACGUGAACGCGUCGCUGAUGGUGGCCAUCUGCGCGGUGUCCGGCCUGCUGGUGCUGACGCUGCUGCUGUGGGGGGCGCUGCGGUGCUGCGGGGCGGCGCGGAGCGAGGGCGCGUGCGCGCCGGGGAAGCCGGUGCUGGUGUGCUCCAGCGCGGUGGGGAGCUGGUCCUCGUGCCGGCAGAGGAGGCCCGGGCUGUGCUCCGCCGACGGCCCGCCCAAGGCCGACCUCAUGGCCUUCAGCCCCAGCCUUCCUCAAGGGCCCACUGCUGCAGACAACGCAAAAAUGGAGGAAUUAAAAAAACUCAGCUUGGGCAAUGUCACAUUGGAGAAAGGAGAAGUACAUAUAAAUAAAUUUGAUAUUGGAGAAAAAUUGAAAAUUGCUCUCAAAGAGUUAUGA